AUGGCGGUGGAAGCGUCAUCGAAACCAGAAGCCGGUGUGCAAACUGUAAUCGACAGCCCUUCGAAUAUGCAACUUGUAAUAGCAUCUGAACAACCUACACCCUUUAUUAAAAUUAAAGAGGUAACAGAACUAACUCAGCCGACGGAGACGAAAUUUGAAACGUCGUCAAUAUCGCAAAAUGAGACGUCAUCUACGGAACAGGCAUUAUAUCUUGCAAUAGAAUCCACGGUAGCUAACGAGAACAAAGAGCAAGAAAGUUCAGCUGUCGAGAAUAGAAGUCAAGAUGAGUUAAAUGACAGGCUAAACUGUCCAGCUCAAUGCGAGUGUAUCAAACAAACUGAUAGAACCAGCUACAAUUGCUCGUUGCCCAGCGGCGUCGUCACGAUUACCGAGUACGGUGAUGGAAUAUUUUUUCAGUGCUUGAAUGGAGUGCUGCGGUGCUCGGAGAUCCCAGAGCGCGGACGCAGGGUGGGUGCGGGCGCUUUGGGUGUGGGCGCCCUGCUGCGCAGCGUGAUGUUGCGCGGCUGCGCCCUGGCGGACGAGCCGCUGGCGUGCAUGCUGCGGAGGCGCGGGGCGGCAGGCGCGGCGCGCCUUACGCUACAGGCGCCGCGCGUGCGCCUGGCUGCAGCGCACGUGCGCGGCCUGCGCGAGCUCUCCAUGUUGCGUCUCACCGACCUCGAUGAACAAGAAAUGGAGCUACCACUACAAGCCAUGUCGGUGCUGCCGGAGCUCAAACACUUUACGCUGAACAACGGGCGGCUAUCGCUGAAGGAAGCUUUGCCACCCCUGCCACUGGAAGCGCUGGAACUGGCAGAUGACGAACUGCAGUCACUGCCAACCGCCGCUUUUCAGCAUCUAUCAAGCUUGCGCCGCCUUGGCCUCUGGCGUAAUCGGUUCACCGAGCUACCUGACGAUACUUUACAAGGAUUGGAGCAGCUGCAGCAGUUGAGUCUGAGCUCCAACGAGCUGCGUUCGUUGCCCGCUGGUCUGCUGGCGCACACGCCGCACUUGAAACAGCUCGACCUGUAUGACAACGCGCUGGAGACUCUACCACGUACCGUGCUCGCUGGACUCAAACAUCUAGAGCAGGUGCGCCUCUACGAUAACCGCGGGUUGCUGUCGCUGGGCAACGGCACGUUCGCGUCGCUGCAGGCGCUGCGCGACCUCGACCUGAGCCGUGCCGGCGCACGCGUGAUGCCGCCGGACCUGCUGCAGGGUUCGCAUGCACUGGAACGGCUGGCGGUGGCUGGCAACGCGCUGCGCGAGGUGCCGAAUGAGCUGCUGCGAGGGUUGGCCGCCCUGAGCUACCUCGACCUCAGCCGCAAUCUGCUGUCUCGCCUGCCCAACGCCUUCUUCGCAGACCAACGUAAUCUCACCGACCUCUACCUCGAUCGCAACCUGUUUGAGACUUUACCCGGCUCAAUGUUCGUGGGUCUGAGCGAACUGAAGGUGCUGUCGCUGGACCACAACCGGCUGCGGUACAUCGAGAGCGACGCGUUCGUGGGGCUGCGCGCGUUGCGCGAGCUGCGCCUCGCACACAACCAGCUCGCACUGGCGCCGCCGGACACAAUAUCCGGACACGGUUACGGGCUGCUGGCCGAGCCGCCGUCGCCCUUCAACUCUCUGUUCCUGCUGACGCACCUCGACCUCAGCCACAACCGCGUGCAGCAGCUACUCGACGACUGGCGCAACGUGCUCGUCAGUCUGCAAAAGCUCAACCUAAGUUGGAAUAACAUCACUGAUUUGAAUUACAUUAACAUGAAUUUCUUGAGUUCCGACGUGGUAGUGGAUUUGCGACACAACAACAUUUCUACGGUGAAGCUAUGGGGCCCGAGUGACGGUAACGCGCAGUUUCUCCUUGAUGACAAUCCGUUCAUGUGCGACUGCCACCUGCCGGCACUGCAACGCGCGCUGCUCGCGGGUGCUGUUGGAAGUGGGCCGCGGCUAGUGGCAACGCGUGCGCGAUGUGCAGCGCCACCAGCGCUGAAUGGGAUGAACCUGGUGUCGGUGCCGCACUCGCUGCUGGAGUGCGCGCUGCCGCCGCCCAUCUGCCCGCCCGCCUGCAGCUGCUCGCUGCGCACCGACUUCCUGGACCUGGACUGCACCGCCCUUCCUACCCUCGCCGCCCUGCCUGCGCCCGCCGCACACGGCCUCGCUGUCGCUCAUUUACGUCUUCGCCGGGUCCCCGAAUCUCUCGAAUCGCUCCCGCGAUAUUUCCGCUUACUCAAUCUCACCGCGCUUAAUAUUACCGAAGUACCGCCUUUGCCCCCGGACGUAGAAGUAGACCUCAUUGAUAAUCGGUUGACGCGAGUUCCGACGGCAUUGCUGACGAACAAUACGCUACGGUUGGCGUUAAAUCCUCUCUCUUGCGACUGCGGUGGCACCGUAGACGUGGUCGCAUUGCAGCGAGCGAGUUUGAACAUUCUAGAUUACGGUGACGUGACGUGUUCGAAUGGCGAGACGUUGCGGAGCAUUGCGACGGAGACACUCUGCGAGGCGCGAGAUGCCGCCGUUCUCGGGGUUUCGCUCGCCAUCUUGAUCGUGAUCGCGGUUAUUAUCGUCGUGCUGCUGCGUCGCUACCGCACCGAAUGCCUGCUGUGCGCUCACCGUUGUGGCUGUUGUCCGCCGGACGACGACGACGAUGAGAAAGAGUACGACGCUUUCAUCUCGUUCGCGCACAAGGACCUGAAGUUCGCGGAGGAAAUGGUGACGAAACUCGAAGCGUCCCCACAUUCGUUACGCAUAUGCGUGCACUACCGGGACUGGCCGCUCGGUGAUUGGAUCCCGGCGCAGAUUUCUCGCUCCGUAGAGCGGUCGCGGCGCACGGUAGUCAUUCUGUCGAAACACUUCUUAUCGUCAGUGUGGGGGCUGCUGGAGUUCCGAGAGGCGCAUCUGCGUGCGCUCAGCGAAGGUCACGCUCGCGUCGUGAUAGUGCUGCUGGACGACGUGAUGUCGGACGAGCGUUUAAACGACGAACUGCGCGCGUACCUGUCCACCAACACGUACCUGCACCGGGACGACCCGUGGUUCUGGGCGAAGCUGGCGGACGCGCUGCGGCGGCGCGGCGGCGUGGCGGCAGCGAUGCGACGGUUUGCGAAGAGCCGCGCUCGCGCCGCGCCCGCCCCCCCGCUCCCUGUCGAUAAGCUCGUGCGCUCUGCUCUCGACGCGAAGCUCAUGCAAAACGGAAAUAUCAUAAAUGCCGCCUUCACUGCGCCUUCACUCUAG